GGAGAGGAGGACUUAGAGAGGGCGGGGCUCUACUCGAAAAGCUGGGCUCCGAGGCCGCUGAACAGCUUGCUCCAGCUGUUAUUUCUUACUCAGCAGAACGGAGUUGAUUGUGUUUGGCUGCAAGUUGGAUGGCUGUAGCUCGCAGCCCCCAGUCCCCAGCCCCAAGUGCCUGUGGAGCAACUAGAGCAAGAGAGAGGGGAAAGACACAGAAAGAGGAAGAAUUCAGGUGGAGGUGUUGGUGUAUGAUCCAGGGCAUUGUGACAAGGCUCAGAAGUGAUUUAAAAGUGACCAGAUGAAAAGAUGGCAAGACCCCAAAACCUCACUUACUUCACCAAAAAGUCUCUUGCACUUGCUGAAGAACGUGCUGCUGCCAGGAAAAGUGAUGAGGAUGAAUUAGAGCCAAAUAGUGACUUUGAAGCUGGCAAAAAGCUCCCAUUUAUUUAUGACGAUGUUCCUCCAGGCAUGGUGUCAGAGCCCUUGGAAGACCUAGACCCAUACUACCUGGAUAAAAAUACUUUCAUAGUAUUGGAUAAGGGGAAAACCAUUUUUCGAUUCAAUGCCUCCCCUGCACUGUACUUUUUGACUCCUUUCCAUUUUAUUAGAAGACUAUCAAUUAAGAUCUUGAUGAACCGCUUAUUCAAUAUGAUCCUUAUGGGCACUUUCCUGAUCAACUGCAUAUUUCUGCCAGCCAUUAACAUUCCAGACUGGAUGGUGUACCUUGAGCUCCCUUUCAUUGGACUAUACACUUUCGAAAUCCUUAUAAAAAUCCUUGCAAGAGGUUUCUGUAUGAAGCCAUUCACAUUCCUUCGUGAUCCCUGGAACUGGUUGGAUGGUCAUAUUCUUUUCUAUGCGCUUCUAACCUUAUUUAUAAACCUAGACAGUGUUUCAGCUCUUGGAAUUUUCUCAGUUGUGAGAAUCCUGAAAGCUACUUCUUUAACCACAGGCACAAAGAUUAUCAUAGGGACCUUAACUCGAUCAGUGAGGAUGUUUUGUCAUGCAGUGAUCCUAAUUAUGUUUUGUCUGAGUGUCUUUGCUGUCAUGGGAAUGCAGCUAUUCAUGGACAGGCUGAAGCAAAAAUGUAUGCCAUGGCCUCAAGAACAAAAUAGUACUGAGAUACUCUCAGGCAAUGAAACCUUAAGCAGUUAUCAUUUAGAAGAACAAAUGCAUGCUCUCCUUUGUGGCAAUACCUCAUUUUCCGGUCGUUGUCCAAAAGGAUACCUAUGUGUAAAAACUGGUGGAAAUCCUGAUUAUGGCUACACAAAUUUUGACAGUUUUGGUUGGGCUUUCUUGUCCCUAUUCAGAUUAAUGACUUUGGAUUUUUGGGAAAGCCUUUACCAACAGAUCCUGAGAACUUCUGGGAAGGAGUCUGUGAUAUUUUUUGUAUUUGUAAUUUUCUUUUGCUCCUUUUAUCUGGUAUCCUUGAAACUGGCUGUAGUUGCCAUGGCUUAUGAAAAACAGAAUCAGGCAACCAUUAAAGCAGCAAAGCGAAAACAGGUGAAAUAUCAAGCCAUGUUAUGUCGACACAAAAGAGAUCAAGAAGAAACUGAGGCAAUGACAGCCGUUGGAGCAGAAAAGAAGAAUGGUAAAGAUCUCAGUUCUGCUGAUGCAUCCAGUGGGAUCUCAGAUCAUACCAAUGAGAGGAUGGAACAAAGAAAGAAAGAGAACCAGGAGAAGGACGCAGAGAGAGAGGAAAAGGAAAUCGAUGCAAAAUUGCAUCAAUUUGAAUCAGAAGACUUCAUCAGAAAAAAAGUUUUCCAUCAUGGUAUAAAUUCAAAACAAAUGCAAAAAACAGCACCAUUUACAGAAGAGGGAAGUACUCUGCAAGCUGACAAAAAAGAAAGACAAAUAAAUACUUGCCAAGUUUCUAUGGGUAUAUUAGAAGAUCCCGAUGUUGGGAAAAGAUCAAUGAGCAAAGCCAACGUAUUAAACAGCAGUGAAGGACUCGACAAGUGCAGGCCAAGAAGAUUGUGGAAGAGAUUUGCUAAAAUGUUUCUCAUCUGGGAUUGUUGUCCAUUUUGGUUAAAAUGCAAAGAUUUUGUCUAUUCCAUUGUCACGGAUCCAUUUUUUGACUUGGCCAUUGUCAUUUGUGUCAUUAUGAACUUAGUGUUUUUGGCAAUGAAUCACUACCCAAUGACGGAGGAAUUCCUCUAUGUGCUCUCUGUGGGGGAGCUGGUAUUUGUUGGAAUUUACAUAUUGGAAAUGGUUUUGAAAAUAAUUGCAUUGCAUCCAUAUAAUUACUUUCAAGACAAAUGGAACAUUUUUGAUAGUUUUAUUGUAACCCUGGCUUUAGGAGAACUUAUGUUGUCAAUUUUUGAUGAAGCAUAUUUUUCUUUUUUACAAUUUCUCAUCCUACUCAGAGGGCUCCGUGUUUUUAAGUUGACAAAAUAUUGGCCUACAAUGAAAAUGAUGAUCAACAUCCUAGGAUAUUCUGUGAAGGCUCUUCGAAGCUUGACAUUGGUGUUGUUCAUCACCAUAUUCAUUUUUGCAGUGAUUGGCUUGAAGUUCGUUCAGCAUUUCCCCAAUGAAUAUCUCUGUAAGAUUGAUAUUGACUGUUUUCCACGGUGGCAUAUGUAUGACAUCAUACACUCCUUUCUGGUUGUGUUUCGGGCACUAAGUGGAGAAUGGAUAGAGACCAUGUGGGACUGUAUGGAGAUAGCAGGCCAACCCACGUGUCUUAUCUUUUACACGGGAAUUAUUGUCAUUGGAAACCUGCUAGUACUUAUCUUGUUUGUGGCUUUGUUGAGCUCUUUUAUUUCAGAGAACUCUGCAAUGAGUGAUGUGAAAGCUGAUUCACAAAAUCUCCAUCUUGCCAUAGGAAGGAUUAAAAGGGGGAUUCAUUAUGUGAAACGAACUUUAUUUGACCUUAUUGGAGAAGUUUUUUCUAAAAAGCAAACUAUUUCAAAAGAGACCCAAAGAGAGGAAAAUCUAAGAAUGAAGAAGAAGAAUGGUACAUCCAGGCAAUCAGCUAAUAAAAUGAGCAAUGAACAAGAUUUACAGAAUGAUAAAGAGGGAACCAGUGCCUCUGGGAGCAACAUGGAAAAACAUUUGAGAGACAACAAUUCCUCUCAGUCAUCUCUACACAAUCCUAUUCACCCAAUGCCAGCACCCAUUGCUCUUGCAGAAUUUGACUCUGAAAAUGUAAACACCAAAGAGUUUAGAAAUGAAUUAGAUGUUGAUGGCAGCAAUGAGAAGCUCAGCCACACCAUCUCCCCUGAAGACAGUAUGAUUCCUAUCCUGGGCUCUGAAGAAGAAGAAGUUAUGACUGGAUCUGAAAAAUCUGAUGAACCAGGACCCUGUUUUUCAGAUGGUUGCAUACGAUGGUUUCCUUUCUGUGGAGCCAGUAUGAAGUCGAAGAGAGGAAAGAUCUGGUGGAACCUAAGGAAAUCUUGCUACCGGAUAGUAAAACACCGUUGUUUUGAAAUGUUCAUGUUUCUCAUCAUCUUGCUCAGCUGUUAUGCUCUAACUUAUGAAGAUAUAUACAUUGAAGAUAGAAAGACCAUCAAGAUUGUACUUGAAUAUGCUGAUAAUAUUUUCACUUACAUAUUCAUUACAGAAAUGCUUCUCAAAUGGUUGGCAUAUGGAUGUAAAGGAUAUUUCAGUAAUACUUGGUGUUGGUUGGAAUUCUUGGUUGUCAAUGUCUGUUUUUUUAACUUGCUAGGCAAUUAUCUAGGAUACAUAGAAUUUGCUGCUCUGAAAUCCCUCCGAACAUUAAGAAUUUUAUCCGUAUUCAAAAGAGUAAGGGUGGUUUUAAAUACAUUAGUAAGGGAAAUUCCAUCUAUCCUGAAAGUGCUUCUGGUUGGCCUUACCUUUUGGCUAAUUUUCAACAUUAUUGGAGUAAAUCUAUUUGCUGGAAAGUUCUAUGAUUGCAUUAAUACUACAUCUGGUGAAAGUCUUUCCGUAUAUGAUGGUGUCCAAAAUAAAUCUGAAUGUGAGCAGCUUAUGUACAGUAGCAAAGCUGUGAACAUGAGGAACAGUAGUGGAGAUGUGCUGUGGAAAAAUGCAAAAAUGAACUUCGAUAAUGUGAAAAAUGGCUAUCUUUCUCUCUUUCAAUUAGCUACAUUUAAAGGAUGGUUGGAUGUCAUGUAUUCAGCUGUUGAUUCUACUUCUGUAGAAAAACCACCUCGCUUUGAGUUCAGCUUCUACACAUAUUUUUACUUCGUCGGCUUUAUAAUCUUUGGAGUAUUCUUUCCACUUGUCCUGUUCAUUGGUGUCAUCAUUGAUAAUUUCAAACAACAAAAAAAGAUUAGAGGUGAAUCUAUCUUUAUGACAGAGGAUCAGAAGAAAUCCUACAAUUCAAAGAAAUACCCAAGGUACAAGAAUCCAAUACCUCGGCCAAGGAAUAAAUUCCAAGGAUAUAUAUUUGAUCUUGUAACAAAAGAGGCUUUUGAGAUUACCAUCCUAGUACUUAUCUGUCUCAACGUGGUGAUUAUGAUGAUGGAAACAAAUUCAGAUAGUGACUAUAAGAUUAUGAUUUUGCGUCUGAUCGACCUGGUGUUCAUUAUUCUGUUUGCUGGAGAAUGUGUGCUAAAGCUUAUUGGCCUGCGCCAUCACUACUUUUCUACAGGAUGGAAUAUCUUUGAUUUUGUUGUGGUCCACAUCUCCAUUGCAGUUGUACUACUAAAUAAUUUGACAGAGAAAUAUCUCCUGACCUAUGCUCAGAUGCAAGUCAUCCGUUUCAUCAGGUGUGGACGAGUCCUGAAUUACAUUAAAAGAACCAAGGGCAUGGGCACACUGAUCUCUGCAAUGAUGUUGUCUCUUCCUGCUUUGUUAAACAUUGUGCUUCUGCUCUUUUUGGUCAUGGUUAUCUAUGCUGUCAUUGGAAUGUCCCAAUUUGCCUAUAUUAAGAAAGAGGCUGGAAUUGAUGAUAUGUUCAACUUUGAAACUUUUGUCAACAGCAUGCUUUGCCUCUUCCAAAUAACCACAUUUGCUGGCUGGGAUGGUCUGUUAAUACCAGUUCUUAACACAGGACCCCCAGAUUGUGACCCUGAAAAAAUUCACCCAGGAAGCUCUGUGAGAGGAGAUUGCGGAAGUCCCUCUUUUGGGGUUUUCUACUUUGUGAGUUACAUCAUUAUAUCCUUUCUGUUGUUUGUAAACAUGUUCAUUGUUGUUAUCUUUGAGAUUUUGAGUGCUGUAUCUGAAGAAAAUAGUAAAUCCUUGAGUGAAGAAGCCUUUGACAAUUUCUAUGAGGUUUGGCAAAAAUUUGAUCCAGAUACAACUCAUUUCAUAGACCACAGUCAGCUCUCUGAUUUUGCUGCUUCCUUAGCGCCUCCUCUCCUUAUACCAAAGCCAAACACAAAGCAGCUCAUGGCCAUGGACCUGCCUUUGGCAAAAGGCGAUCGAGUUUUCUGUCCUGAUGUCCUCUUUGCUCUUGCAAAACGUGUUAAGGGUGAAAGUGAAGAGUUUGACCAUCUUCAUUUACCAAUGAGGGAGCAGUUUCUGUCAUCAUGUCUUUUCCAAAUUUCCUAUGAACCAGUUAGUACUAUAAAACAAAAACAAGAGGAGGUAUCAGCCCCUGUCAUUCCCCAUGCUUUAAAGGAACAUGAUUCAGAUACAUGUAAUAACAAAGAUGGAGACAGAGAGGAUCCAACUUUUAAAGACAACAUAAUCUUUGAUAGAGUUAAUGAGAACUCUGCUCUAGAGAAAGCAGGUGAUGUAAGUGAUUCUCCCACUUUAAUAGCUUCGUUGCGUAAUAUAAUAGAACAAGAGAGAGAGAACCAUGAAACAAACCAGGCAGAAAAGGAAGACAACGGAAAAGGUGACAGGGAAAAGGAAAAAUAAGAAUUUCAUUUUAUCAGCUAUUUUUAAUACUUAAGAAAAUGACCUGUUUUGGACACAGGAUUACUUUAGUAAAUCUGUGCCAAACUAACUGUUUAGUUUUUUGUUUUUACCAACAAAGGAUUAAAGUAAAUGCUUCCAAUAAAAGUGACACUUUAUUGACCAAUUGUGAUUCCAUAUCAAAGCAAAUUUGAUACAUGAACAUUAUUUGUCCUGCUUCUGCUGUAACAGAAGAAUGACCAAAAAUGGUUCAGAAAGACAAAAUCUGUGGAUUAAUGGAGUCAGAAUCUAAAUGUCUUGAAUAUAAUGAAGCAUGUAAGUAGAAUGUUAACUUUUGCUUUUGUCCUCCCUCCAUCCAUGGUCUCUGUCACUCAUUCCCUAUCCACCCACCUCAACAUAGAGAUCAAAAACCACAAUUAUGGAAGGGGAAAGAUUUUCUUCUGGGAAAACAGCAAACUUAGAUGGUUUUACUGAUUUCCUGCAAAAGCAGUGAUAAAAGCAUUUGUAAUUUCUGAGAGUUUUGUUCAUGCAUAGGAAAAACCCAUAUGAGAAGCGUAUAUCAAUAUACAUAAAAGUUUUAUCAAUUCUGAGAACUCUGAACUGUAUUUUAUGUUGUAUUUGAAUUAAAAAUUUUAUGCCUUGAAAUCCCAUGGGAUUUCCCAAAUAUGUAAGAUGCCGACUUUAGCUAAUGUUUUAAUCAGUCUAAGCAGUGCAGAGGUCAUGUCCAAAGGCUUUGUCCCAUUUUGCUAGCUCCCUCUACCCAAUAGUCAUUAUUUUUCUGUGUGCCAUGGACCUUCUUCAAAGUCUGGGAACAUCUAUGAGCUGCCUCUCAGAAUUCUUUGAAUGCAUAAAAUAAAACAGAGGUUGACAAGUAAACCAAUUAUAUUGAAGUAUAUAUAUAAAAUUCAAGGAACCCAGGUAAAGAACCCAUAUAAACUAUCUGAACUAUCUGCACAUGGUGUGAGUAAUCAAACAAAUGCUACGUUUUUCUCAUUAAAAUUAUGCAGGUUGAACACUCUAAUGCAAAUACUAUCAACAAAGCAAUGGGUUCAAAUCAAGAAAACAUCUAAUGCCCAGUGGACUUACGCGUCGGCUAUGGGGGGUGGGGGAGAGGAAAAGAAAAUGAUCUAUGUCUUUAACGAAUAAUGCUUGGAAAUGAUCAAAUAAAAUAUAUUUUAAAAAAAAUUAUGCAGGCAAUGGAGUCAAGAAGUGAUGCAAAUGUUUUCUUCUCUGUUUUCAAUGAAGAAUAGCACUGCACUCAUUACUCCAAAAUACCUACAAUGUUCAAUGUGCCAAUAUUUCUGCUCUCCUCUAUGUGUAUUUCUUACUCAUCCCUCAACUCUCAGAAUGGCUGAGGUUUUAGCUCCCAGUGAAAUGCUUGCUGAUUUAGAAAAUGGUACGUAUAUGAACAAAUAGAUAUUUGCCUUAUUAAUUGUAUCACAUAGUCAUCUGCAUAAUGCAGUGCAAGAUAGAGCAUACAUGAGCUAUAAAUGUUUGUCAAUGAUACUAUUGCAAACUUAUAAAAGUUGAUAAAAUGUAUUCAGAAUCCUUCAAGUAGCAACAGUUUGUAGGUUAUAUAUAUAAUAUGCACAUACAUACAUAUAUAUUUUUAUAUAUAUUCAUCCUCCUCUCUACACUUCCUAGAACAAAAGUAUAAUUAUUAUACUUUUAGGAUAUGCUAUACAAAUACAAUUCUACUUUUCUACAAUAAAGUAUUACAACAAUAGCUGCAUUGGUAUGUAAUGAGAUAAGUAUGAUGACUAACUUGGAAACAGUGCCUUAGGCCCCCUAAAGAAAUUCUUAGUAUUUACUGUAUGUACCUUUUGUAUUCGCUCACUUGUUCUGCAAGUUUCUCUCUAGUAGAAUGUAUGCUUCUUGAGAGCAGGAAUCUGGGGCCGGGCUUUAUAUUCUGUAUUUAAUAACAAAUAGUAAAUAUAUCAUGGAUCUCAUACUAAAAUCUGUCUUAUUUUAUUAAAGCCAAUGGAAACUUUGUAUUAGAAAACAUUUAAUGCAAUGAGAUGUAUAUACCUUAAAAAAAAUAAAAGUUAAUCAUGAACUAUCAAAA